AUGGCCGAGAUCUGCUGCGAGGAAGCCAAGUCCACGCCAGCAACCGCCGUGGCUGCGGCUUCAGUCUCCGCCGCGGCCGCCGCCGUGGCAGUCGCCUCCUCCGCGUUAGAGAGGAGGCGACGCAGGUUGGAGAUGAGGAGGUUCCGCAUCGCGAGCGAUCCCGAGGCGCCGGUCGCGGGGGACGUCCGCGCCGCCAAGCGCCAGAGGCUGGCGCGCACGCUGUCCGGCUCCUGCCCCGACGCGGGCUCGGACUCCGACAGGUCGGCCCUGCCGGAGCGGUUGCCCAGGUACGGGGUCACCUCCGUCUGCGGCCGACGUCGCGAGAUGGAGGACACUGUCUCCAUCAGGCCGGACUUCCUGCCCGGCACCAGCAAGCAACACUUCUUCGGCGUCUUCGACGGCCACGGCUGCUCCCACGUAGCAACGAUAUGCCAGGACAUGAUGCAUGAGGUGGUCGCGGACGAGUACAGGAAGUCAGGUUCUGGCGAAGAGACGGCGUGGAAGGGCGUGAUGGAGAGGAGCUUCGCGCGAUUGGACGAGCAGGCCGCCAGCUGGGCGACCAGCCGCAGCCGCGACGAGCCCGCCUGCAGGUGCGAGCAGCAGAUGCCCUUGCGUUGCAAUCACGUGGGGUCCACCGCAGUGGUCGCCGUCGUCAGCCCCACCCACAUAGUCGUCGCCAACGCCGGCGACUCGCGCGCCGUCCUCUCCCGCGCCGUCGUCCCUGUUCCGCUCUCCGUCGACCACAAGCCUGACCGACCUGACGAGCUGGCGCGCAUCGAGGCGGCGGGCGGCCGCGUCAUUUACUGGGAUGGUGCUCGUGUUCUCGGCGUCCUCGCCAUGUCUCGAGCCAUAGGCGAUGGAUACCUAAAGCCGUUCGUGUCGUCGGAGCCAGAGGUAACGGUGACGGAGCGCACCGACGAUGACGAGUGCCUGAUCCUGGCCAGCGACGGCCUGUGGGACGUCGUGACCAACGAGAUGGCGUGCGAGGUCGUCCGGGCGUGCUUCCGCAGCAACGCCGACUCGGACGCCGAGAACGGACCCGCGGUUGUCAAGGGCGGCGUGAGCAAGGAGGAUUCCGACAAGGCGUGCUACGACGCGGCCAUGCUGCUGGCGAAGCUGGCGCUGGCCCGGCGAAGCGCUGACAAUGUUAGCGUGGUCGUCGUGGAUCUCCGCCGGGGGAUAUGA